AUGGAACUGCAGCAGAACGACGUCGUUGUGAAUGGCAGGGAUGAACACGAGGAAGCAUUGCUGGCUCUCAUACUACACCGCACCCGUGAAGUCAAAAGCCUUCGUUACUACAUCUCCUAUUACACUUCUCAGCUUGAAGAAGCAGAAGCAAGGUUGCAAGAAUCUAAAGCUAAAUUAGCUCACUUUAAAGGCACUAGUGCAAGUUUACUAGAUGUUGAAACUAAAUCUUUGAAGAUAGAGCAUGGACCAAAAGGUGCCAUUCAUAAAAAUGAAGGUUCCUCCAACAACUACCAUAAUACUACUUAUAAGUCCAGGGAAGUUUCUAGUGAUAUGGAAAAUGUUGAAGUCAAGGAAAGAGGGAUCAAAAGGAAGUUUGGGCAGAAAGAGCACAAGGAAUUGGCUGCUUUAGUAUGUAAGAGUUCUUCCCCAGGCUCUGUCAAUUAUCAAGCAAGCAAUCACUUCUCAAGUCUGCACAAGAGGAAAUUGCGAUGUAUUGCUCUCUGUCCUGUGAAUGAUCAGCGUUUUGUGACCAGUGCUUUAGAUGGUGUGGUCAACAUGUGGGAAGUUCAAUCUUCGGGAUCAGGAGCCUCUUUGCGUAGAACUAUUGAUUGUGUAUCCCCAAAGCAAAGGAGAUGGCCAGAAGAUAUAGCGUGGCACCCAGAGGGAAAUCGCCUGUUUUCAGUGUAUACUGGUGACAAUCAAGACUCUCAAAUAUCAGUUACAGAUUUGAGUAAAGAACAAGGAGGAGGGAGAGCACAUAUCAAUUUCUUAGAGGACAAGCCUCAUGUUAAGGGUGUUAUCAAUAGCAUUGUUUUUCUGCCCUGGGGAAAUACCAGUUUUGUAACUGGAGGAACUGACCAUGCUGUUAUACUGUGGAGUGAGAAUGGUGAGAACAAAUGGAAGCCGAAAUCAUUGCAUAGGAAUUUUCAUACUUCUGCUGUCAUGGGAGUUGCUGGUAUGCAGCAGAAGCAACUCGUAUUGUCUGCUGGUAAAGACAAGAGAGUUUUGGGGUAUGAUGCUCAUGUAGGAAGGCAAAAUUUCAUGCAUCUGGUUGAGAGUAAAUGCUUGAGUGUACUGCCAAAUUCAUGUGACUUCAAUUUAUUCAUGGUUCAAACUGGGACCCCAGAGAGGCAGCUUCGACUAUUUGAUAUUAGAUCAAAAGGGACAGAACUUCAUGCUUUUGGAUGGAAGCAAGAAAGCAGUGAAUCUCAGUCAGCACUGAUAAAUCAGGCUUGGUCCCCCAAUGGACUGUACAUAACAUCUGGUUCAGCUGAUCCUAUGAUUCAUAUAUUUGAUAUUAGAUAUAAUAGUCGCAAGCCUUGCCAAUCUAUAGAAGCUCAUCAGAAACGAGUCUUCAGAGCUAUGUGGCUUCAAUCUGUUCCCCUUCUGAUUUCCAUAUCAUCUGAUCUCAACAUUGGGUUACACAAAGUUGUGUAG